CCUGUUUUUUGUUUUUGUCUGUGCCUUUGUGUGGAGUUGGUUUUGUGUUGUUGUGCAUCUCUAAUUCUGUUUUCUGCAAUCUUUGUUUGUUGGCAAUAGCGCGCGAAAUUUUGAAGUUAGUUUUCAUUUCGCGCUUCGCAACCAAGGAGCGAAAAUUUUGCACAAGCGAAAAAAUUUUCUUUUCUAGCCAAGAAAUAUCAGUCGACUUUAGUCAAAAUUUCAAUCAAAAUUAAUCUCAGAAAAUAUGGAAAGCUAAGUGUGUAACAAGCAAAUGAUCAAAAUGAAGAACGCUUAAAAUACAAAUAUAUAUGCUUAAAUUAAUUAUUAAAUAAAUAAAAAUAAAAAAAAUAAAAUAAAAAAAAUAGAACAGCAUCCACAAUUCAAAAUUCGAUACAGAAUCAAAAUUUUUUUUAAAAAUAAUUAAAAUAGAAACGAAAAGGUGAUAAUGAUUAUUUCCAAGGAUCUUUUUAUAUUUGGUGAACAAAUUUUUGCAACAAUAAUACCAGAAGUUGGUUCAUCAAUGCAGGGACUACAACAACAACAGCAACAACAGCAGCUACAGCAGCUGCAACAACAGCAACAGCAGCAGCAACAGCAGCAACAACACCAAUCACAACCACAACAAUUACAUUUAAAUAGCAACAACAGUGGAACAACUGUGUCAACAACAGGAACUGCAACAGCAGUCAACACUGCACUGCCAAUCUUACCACCAAAAGCAUUAGCCAGUAAUAAACAACAGGAAACAACCUCAAUUGGUGCGGCUGCGAAUAGUUGCAUUGGUGGUGUAAAUGGUAUAAAUGGUAGCAGUGCUGCAACCACAACAAUAACAACGCCGUCGAAGAGAGUUAAAGUACAAAAAGUUGCAGUAAAGGAAGUAGAGGAACUGAAAUUAAAAAAAAAAGAUAAACAAUUAAAGCAGCAGCAGCAGCAACAACAGCAGCAACAACCACUACAACGUCGGCAAUUGCAGCAACAGCAACAGCAACAGCCGCAGCAGCAGAAGAGUACAAAUAACGAAAACGAAAGCAACAAAAUAAAUAUAAUAAAAACAAAAACAAAGGAAAACGCAAACACAAACACAAACACAAACGCAAACGCAAACGUAAACGCAAAGUCAAAUUAUCAGAAUAGCAAAGUGACUGCAACAAGUGGUUUUAGUGCAAAAGGUGAUAUAGGUGAAAUAAGUGGUGGUGAAGGAGGACUUGGAAUUGCCGACGAAGUUGAAAUUAGUACAGAAGAAGCAGAAAAGGAGCCGUUGGUAAAACGAAACGCAUUUAAAAUAGCAAAAGUUUCUGUAAAAACAGCAACUACAGCAACGCCAAUACAAAAAGCAGCUGCAAGUUUUCCAUUGCAACAAAAAGAGCAACCACAUAUUGAAUUGCCAAUGUUGUUUAAACAUCCACAAAAACAAAAACAAAAACAACAACAACAUCAAAACGAUUGUUGUUUACAACUUGAGCCUGAAGUGACUCCUGUAAUUUUACCAGCCGAUACAUUACCAACACAAUUAUCAUCAUUAUCAACGUCAUCAUCAUCAUCCUCUUCCUCCUCCUCCUCCUCCUCCUCCUCCUCAUCAUCUUCGUCGUCAACAUCGUCCACGUCAUCAACGGCAACACAGCCAUCGACACUGACACCAACACCAAUAUCAACACCAACACUUACAGCAACAACAACAACAACAGAUUCAGAGCGCUGUAAUAGCAGUAACAGUACCAGUGGCAGUGGCAGUGGCAGUGGCAGUGGCAGCGAUAGCGGCAGCGGCAGCGUCAGUAAUCAAGUACGAAAUUUAAAUUCCGAGGAUUUGUCAUUAAAUAUGGACAAAGUCAUGUUGGACAACAGUACAAGGUUAGUAACAUUUUAA